ACACGUGUACGGGAGCGACAGACAUACCGCGGUACUCACGAUUUACGGUGAUAGUUUUCAAAUCAUCAUUCGCUGUAAGGAAAGCCAGUGAAUCACUCAAAAUUGAUCUACAGCCCUGACACUGGAACACAACAGGCAAUUCUGCGCUGCAAUUUUCUCCGUCGUUUUCAGAAUCUUUCAAACCAUCCAUUUCUUUCCUGGUGAGAUUCUUACCGGGGCAGGAAGCAGCGGGCAGGGCGGACUUUGCACUACGUACCGUACCGUAUACCGUACCGGGGCGCCGCUGCCUGCCCGCCCGGCCCGGCGCCCACCACCGGCCCGGCCCGCAUCGGACCCUAGCUAAGCUAAGCUGACACUGACAGACACACCGAUGUAGAUCAUUUGGAAACUAUGAGAUGAGGCAUCUUCGAAAACGAAGGAAAAACAGAAUGUCGCGAUAUACAACAGUAUCGGUGGACCAUGAAGAUCAAUACAUCUUACUGAUGAAGUGGAUGAAAGAACAUGGAUUUAGCUGCAAGCGUUGCUGUCUCAAGCCUGCCUUCUUUCCAGAUACUGGACGAGGACUAAUGGCAAGAACGAAUUUUAGGCCCGGUGAUCUGAUAGUUGAGAUUCCACGGCGUCUGCUGGUGACCCCGAAAGAUGUCUUGAACACAGAAUUAGGACCACUUAUAAAGAGACAACCGCAGAAACCAACACCCUACCAAGCGGUCUGUGCAUUCCUGAUCACCGAAAGGACAAAGGGCAAAUCUUCUUUCUGGUACCCUUACAUCAAUGUCCUCCCAAAGGACUUCACCACACCAGCCUUCUGCUCCGCCACUCAAGCCCAAUUUGAUCUGCUGCCCUCUCAGGCACGGAUCAGUGCCAUCAAACAGCUACAGGAUAUCCGAUCAGCAUUUGAGAGCGCUUCAUGUCUGUUUGAAGACAUCGAAAGGACCUUUCCCCGGUACAGAGGUGUCUUCGACUUCGGGUCCUUCCUGUGGGCUUGGUUCGUGAUCAACUCUAGGUCGAUCUACAUGGAGCCCAGCGGCUGCGAGGCGUUUCAACCGAAAUCAAAAGACGACUUUGCUCUAGCUCCUUUCCUUGACCUUCUCAACCAUUCUCCAGGUGCCGAGGUCAGUGCAGGCUUUGAUUCAGCAUCUAAUACGUAUCGGAUCAAGACACUAGACAACUACCGUACCUAUGACCAAGUCUUCAUUCACUAUGGCCCCCAUGACAAUGUGAACCUACUCUUAGAGUAUGGCUUCGUGAUCCCCUCCAACCCGCAUGAUGUAGUUUGCUUUGAGCUAGGUGCUGUUGUGGAUGCAGUGAAAUCCCAACACCAGGGCCCUCUUAGCUGCAGAAGAACUCGAGAGGUCACUGAUUUGUGGGAGGUCAAAUCUCGCACUUUGAAGGCUGCCAAUCUAGAUCUUGACCUGUCGUGCAGUAUGUCGGGUCCGUCUUGGAAUCUUCAGACAGCACUGAGAGUUCUCUGUAUGGAGUACAGCGAAACAGUGAACUGGAAGAGAGUUAUAGCAGAGAACAAUAUCCCACCAUCAACCAAGAACUUCAUCGCAGGAGCCUUAAAUAAGUUAACCGCUGAUGAACAAGAGAGGGUGCUGUCUAUGCUUCAGAUACUUGAUCGUGCAGACGUUGGAGAGAAGAUGGCUGAUUAUAUCCAGAAUGUUAGAAUACUGUGGAGCGAAAGACUGAACAUCCUCCGGGCCACUCGAGCUGAGUUAGAUCCCAACGGUUGA